CUGAAGGACACCUGAAAAAGUCAUAAAGUAUUUCACCAUAAAGAACAUUCAUAAUAACUCCAGCCAGAUCCGCUUAGUGAGCAGUCCAUCCAGGUACUUCUUUGAGACCCGUGAGACUGUCUUCUAUCUCAACUUGCUACGAUGUCGAAGUUUGUGCUGCUUGCUGUGGUCAUAGUACUACAAGUGUGCUGGACCAAGGCGGAAAACGUAACUGAACCCGAAGGAGCUCUACGGAGGAUCAUUGGGGCAUACAAGGAAAUGAAGACCAAAGUUGUGGAUGCUGGCACUACAGUAGUUGAUUUUUUUGAAAUGUACUAUGAGGACCAGGUGAAGCCCAAGACUGACCCCUACAUUGAGUGGGCAAAAGAGAAAGCACAAUCUUUUUGGGACAAACUCAAAACCAAAGUGUCUGGCGAUGGGGAUGAGAAUUAACCUGCAACACAGCAAUAUGCCUGAUACUUAUAAUCAGUGGUUUGUUUAGUAUUUUGCGAUAUAGCCACAAACAACCUGCAAGCAUAUAGAAUAGCGAAGUAACUUAGUCAUGUGACUAUCUUAAAAUGACAUCAUUAUUUCAAUCAAAUAUAAAUCUGUACAUCAGUUUUAUGUUUGUUCACCUUUCAUGCAGUAUGAUGGCGAAUAAAAAAAACUAUUAUCCUAACA